AUGCCUAAAUUUAACUCUUUGGAUGACUGUAAGGGCCAUGUGCCUACAUUUGAGACCCGUGAUCGUGAACAUGCUAUGUUUGAAUGUCAUGAUUUAAAUUCUGCAUUUUGUGAUGAUAAAAAUGUGUGUGAAUCCCUUGUAUUUGUGCCAGAGUUGAAAAAGAAUAGUUUUGGAAAAUUCCUCACCGAGGAAAUUCCAGAAUUUAUUCCAUCUCGAACAGGUUUGACAGAUUCAGAAAAGAAUGUCGUUGAAGAUAGCAGCAAAGAAGAUUCAAGCUUUUCUGCCUCGGAAAAGGAAGAAGAGACUUCAAAUUCCGAUGAAGAACAGGAGUCAGAAAACUCAAGUGAAGAUCAAACAACAAUAGAAGAUCAAAGCUCCGAUGAUUCAAGUGAUGAAGCAAGUGAAGAUCAAAAUUCAAAUGAACAUCAAACAACCGAAAGUUCAUCAGAUUCUGACAAUGAUGAAGAUUGUUCAGAAGAUGAAAGCCGAGUUGGCAAGAAAAUGAAGAAAGUCGAGAGCUCAAGAUACACUGCAUCAAAAGAUUCUUCAAAAAGCUCAAGACACUCAUCACAUACAUCAUCUUCUAACACCAAAAAGCCCAGACAUCAGCUUGAUUACCUUAAGAAAUCUGUUAAAAAUCUGGUUAAUUCAACAGCUUAUUUUUGGAAGCAAAAAGAGGACAUCGCGGGUCAAAACCACGAUAGAUCCAAAAUGAAGCAAAUCUGGAAUAAACUCCAGAAAUGGCUUCGAAUGCUCAUGGAAUAUAUCUGGCAUGUUGACAGCGGAUGUUCAAGACACAUGACAGGCCUAAAGGAACUUCUGAAGAAUUUUCGUUUUAUUGAUGGUGAUUUCUUGUCAUUCGCUGGAGAUGAAAAGGGAGGGAAGAUCGUUGGAAUAGGAGAUAUUGUGUCAGAAGCACUUACUUUGUCAACUAUGUUCCAGAAUUGUGCUACAAUCUUAUGA